CCAGGAAUUAUAAUAGCUCAGUGGUUUUGUCUAAUUAUCACUGUUGCCACCAGGUGAAUGCCACGAUGAAACUAUUCGUCUCUGCAUGACAAGAGUAUUUAUUGUAUAAUUAUUUAUUCGACGGACCUAAGCUAAGCUCUCAAAGCGAAGCGCCAUGACUACGCACCAAAUCUUCGUGGGCAAAAAUAUUGACAAGGAAAGCUUGUAUAAAAACGGAGAUAUCAGCUCAAAGCGAAAUUUACUAGGAGGAGAAGUCUCCGCUCCACAGAAUCCAUUUCCACGAGUAAUUUGGUUUGCUUUUCUGGUCAUCGAAGUGUUUUUGUACGGAUGUUAUCCUUUGUAUGUCACGUUGAGCAAAGUUAACAACGAAAUCAAGUACAGCACAGCGUCCGCAGUUUUGCUUAUAGAAUUUGGAAAGCUGGUUUUUUCGCUGAUCAAUAUCUAUCCAUUAUGGAAAAGAGGUCAGGUGGAAAGACAACCGCUGAUCGUUUGGCUUGCAUUCUCAGUUCCCGCUCUCCUCUAUUGCUUCAACAACAACGUCGCUAUCCUGGUCCAGCGGUAUUUGGACCCAGCUAGCUAUGUGAUCGUCAGCAAUUUGAAGAUCCCAACUACGGCUCUACUAUAUCGAAUUUUUAUUAAAAGACCGCUGACUUGGAUGAAGUGGCUUGCAGUUUGUCUGUUAACCUUGGCAGGUGUGCUAAACUCAUUCGGCAAUCUUGUAUCGGAGGAUAAGCUUGAAGACAAUGCAAAUAAAAUCCAUGUCACAGUAACCGGGCUUGUGAUAAUGACCGUGUAUUGCGCGGUUAGUGCUUUUGCUGGCAUCUGGACAGAACUAAUAGUGAAGAGACAAUAUGAAGUCUCCAUCCAUCAGCAGAACUGCAUGUUAUACGCGUUUGGCGUAUUGUUUAACUUCUUGGCUAUCUUCACCGUAGAAGUAAAAACGUCCUCAAAUUCUCCUGUUGAGGGCGAUAGCAGCAUUUUCUCAAAGUUGAAUAACCUUUUUCACGAUUAUAACAUAUGGGUGGUAGCCAUCGUUUGCUCAGAGACUUGCUGCGGCUUGAUAAUGUCAGCUGUCAUGAAACAUGCUAGCAAUAUAACAAGACUCUUUAUUACGUCAACGGCUAUGGUAGUUACCACUCUUCUCUCGUACAUUUUAUUUCAAUUUGAACUGAACGUGUUCCUUCUAAGCGCUCUGGGAUUGGUUAUUUUCGCGUUAUUUUUGUAUAACCGUAAUUGAGGGAAAUCUGGCACAUGCAGGAUUCUGAAUUGAAGGCGAGUUGUAGUUUUCCUAAAAACCUUAGAGGUGCCUACGUCACGGGACUGUCAAACAAUAAAUUGCAAUGCAAUGUGAGAAACGUGUAGAAGAAACUGUGUGACGUAAGAUCUAUUACGUAGUUAUAAGUUUCUAUUUUAGGAU